AUGGUUGUCCCAACCGGACAUUUCAUGAAGUUUUCGAGGACAUUGAAGGCUGGUUUCCUAAUCACAGCGUAUGCUUUCUUCUUAGUCCCCCAUCUCGUCCUAUUUCCGCGGACCAUCCAGAAUCAAACCGAGGCCAGGGAGCAAAUUGUGAUGCAUUAUGACAUUUACGAGACUGUGAUGCAUGUACCAAAUCUAUUGGUCUUCUACCCGCCAACUAACCCCUUAUUUUACACAUAUAUGAUCGUUUGUGGCGGACUUUGUACGACAUUUGUCAUUGUCAUCACAGCCUUCCUCUUCCACACGGCCCUCAUUCUCAAGCGAAAGGACAAAUACGCAAACUUCAAGACCCAAUUGACGCACCGGAAGUACAUUAUGAUCCUCAGUACGCAGAUGAGCGUCCCGAUGGUGGCCAUUCUGGAGCCCGGCGCGCUGAUCGGGCUAAUAAUCAUGUUCCGAAUCUGGAAUGUCCAAGAAUUGGCGCACAUCGCGUUUUUCACGUUCUCCUCGCACGGGCUGAUCGGGACGGUGACGAUGCUCGCCCUCAACGAGCACUUCAAGGCGUAUAUUGCAAAGAGGUUUUGCAAUGCACGAGAUCCCGACGAACCAGUGCCAAUCUCGUUGAAUGCCAUCUCGAACGGGGUCUCAAGACCCGGCAGUGCUGCUAGACAACGCGGCUCGGCAUAUCGACCUCAAAUCCGGGUCGUCGAGUUCGACCCGCCAGAUGAUCAUCUACCUGGCAACACUAGACAC